AUGAGUACAUCUUUAACAAAAGAAGAGUCAAAGAAAGAAAUAAAAGAAGAAAUAAAAGAAGAAAUAAAAGAAGAAUUAAAGGAAGAAUUAAAAGAAGAAACAAUUGAUAACAUAGAUAAUUCAGAAUGUUCAGAGAUAUAUGACCCCGAAGAAGAAGACCAUCAAAACAUUAUAUUCAAAAAGUUUUUAUUAGGAGAUAAAAAAUUUCCACAAAAUUUAGUUGGUCGAUUUGCAGAGUUAUGGGGAAUGAUGGAACAAGAAUUAAAACCAAAUGGAGUGUUUGCUUUGCAUUGGGAUGAAUUUACAGGAGAUGAUGAUUUUAAAGACCUUCCACCAGUUAAGCCAUGGCAAGAUACUACAGUUACAGACGCCUUGGUGUCUUGUUUCAACUAUGGUCUUAAUGAAAGGUUUUGGAUGAAUUAUAGAAAGAAGCAUGACUUACUUAAGAAAUACCUUGAUGAAAUAACUGGAAUUGAAAAGGAAAAAACAUAUGAUCGAGGAAGAGUUGAGGAUCAGCGAGACUCAUCGAGGUAUUCAAGAAGUCAUUCAAGAAGGCGUUAUUCAAGGAGUAGAUCCAAAGGCCAUUAUUCACGAAGUAGGUCCAGAGGUCGUUAUCCACGAAAUAGAUCAAGAAGUCAUUAUUCACGAAGUCGAUCAAGAAGUCAUUAUUCACGAAGUCGAUCAAGAAGUUCUGACAAGUAUUAUAGUCGCACUAGAAGAAGUAGGAGUAGAAGAAGGAGUGAUUCCAGAAGACGUAGGCGUCAUUAA